UCAUUACCCACACGUGCCUACUUGGAUCAGACAGUUGUACCUAUCUUGUUACAGGGACUUGCUGUUCUUGCAAAAGAGAGCUCUUGCAUCAACCUGGAAUCUCCAAGCAUCAGUCCCAGUGCCAAGGGAAGCUGUCCCUGCCAGCAGUGUGCCAUCUACUCAGUUGCUGGCGUCACAGGUGCACUGGCAAGGCAGUGACACGAGUACAGAGGAGGAUGCUCACUGAUAAAAAGGAGACCAGCCAUGCCUGCAGCAUGAGCCUUUUUGAUCUUCAAGGACCCCAGCUGAAUGCACAGCUAGAAGGUUGGCUUUCUCAAGUACAGUCCACGAAAAGGCCUGCAAGAGCCAUUAUUGCACCGCAUGCAGGAUAUACCUAUUGUGGGUCUUGUGCAGCCCAUGCUUACAAACAAGUGGAUCCAAAUAUCACCCGAAAAAUUUUCAUUCUUGGGCCUUCCCAUCACGUGCCCCUCUCCCGAUGUGCACUUUCCAGUGUGGACAUUUACAGAACACCUCUGUAUGAUCUUCGAAUUGACCAAAAGAUUUAUGGAGAAUUGUGGAAGACUGGAAUGUUUGAGCGCAUGUCCCUACAGACAGAUGAAGAUGAACACAGUAUUGAAAUGCAUUUGCCUUAUACUGCUAAAGCCAUGGAAAGCCAUAAGGAUGAGUUUACUAUUAUUCCUGUGUUGGUCGGAGCACUGAGUGAGUCAAAAGAGCAGGAAUUUGGAAAACUCUUCAGUAAAUACCUAGCUGAUCCUAGUAAUCUCUUUGUGGUUUCUUCUGACUUUUGCCAUUGGGGUCAGAGGUUCCGUUACAGUUACUAUGAUGAAUCCCAAGGAGAAAUUUAUAGAUCCAUUGAGCACCUAGAUAAAAUGGGUAUGAGCAUUAUAGAGCAGCUAGAUCCUGUAUCUUUUAGCAAUUACUUGAAGAAAUACCAUAAUACAAUAUGUGGAAGACAUCCUAUUGGAGUGCUAUUAAAUGCUAUCAACGAGCUCCAGAAGAAUGGAAUGAAUAUGAGCUUUUCGUUUUUGAAUUAUGCUCAGUCAAGUCAGUGUCGAAACUGGCAAGACAGCUCAGUGAGUUAUGCAGCUGGAGCACUUAUGGUCCACUGAACUGCUGAAUGCUCAGGGAUGGCACCUGCACACACUCUGUAUACGGGGUCCCAGCCUAGCCCUUACAAAGAUACAGUCCCUGGUCUUUGGGUAUACUGAAACCUCAAACUAAUAGAACUCUGUUCUUUUCUAGUAGGUGUAGUCCUUCCUUAGUUUCAACUCAUUUAAGAAUGCUUUCUUGUUUAGGACAAUGGAAGGAAGACUGGUAUCAGAGCUUUUUGUGAGAGUGGUUUUUUUUCUUUGGAAAAGAUAAUGGCUAUAAAGGCAUGGUGGUAGACUGUCCUUAAAAAUACAACAUGUAAAGCAUUUACCAUAUCCUAAAUUUGCACUCUUUGCAGACCUGUGCACAUAUAUUCAGCUUUCAGAAUAGUUUUGCAAGUUGUAAGCGGGAAAAGGGGGUGGAAGCUUUUUAAUAAAAGAAAAAAAAGGAAAACAACGCAUUUAUAAAUGAUUCUGUAUUAGAAUAUAAUAAAACUCCAGUAUAGUCAGUUACUACCCGUGAUGUACAACAGAUAUCUUCUAUUUUAGUUGCUAAUAAAGGGCUACACAAACCAAAA